GUUCGUUAUCUCCAUAUCCUUCUCUUCUGUUGUAGUAAGAAUACGGCAAAAUUGAAAGGAUGAAGUUUUCCAUUCUCUUUGUGAUUUUGAUUUUAAUUUCUCAAGUGAACACGGCUUCCUUGUUAACUGGUACUUAUGGUUCUAACUCCACAGCUUUGAUUCACGAGAGACGCGACAUCAAGGAAAUAGACGUUCUCAGACAGUUGAUCAACCAGGAGACUCUGAUCCGCGUGUCCGUGGUCAGGGACGUCACGGCAGUGAUGGAUGACGUCAAGUCUUUGAAAAGGCGGAUCAAAACUCAAAGUCAACACAACGUUUUAGCAGAGACAAUAGAAGCAUUACAGAUAAAGCUUGAUUCUCUGAGUCAGGACAACUCUUUACAGCUGCAGGUAGAAGCAUUACAAAGGCAGAUUGACAAUCUAAGUAAAAACAGCACUUUGGUGCAGACUGUAGAAAUGUUAGUAAGUCAGGUCAAUUCGAUGAGGCAGGACAACGCUUUACAACAGAAAGUAGAAUCGUUAAGACGGCAGAUUGAAUCUCUAAGUAAGGAUCACCAGAGGAUUUCCACAAAUCAAAAUAAGAUUCAGGACUUUGGUGAGAUGUUGAAGAUUCUCGAGGAGAAUAUAACAGAUGUCCAUAAAGAUUUACAGAGGGAUAUAAAACAGAUAAUCGAGAACGGUUCCAAACUAAACAGAGAUUGCAUGGACUUCUAUCUUGCUGGACUUUCUCCGACCGAUGUAUAUAGAAUACAUCCCUACAAUAAUGAAAGUCAGGUACACGUGUACUGUGACAUGGAGACCGAGGGCGGAGGAUGGACAGCAAUUCAGAAACGAUCGAGCGGAUCUAUUGGUUUUGAUAGAACGUGGGCGGAAUAUAAAAAAGGAUUUGGAGAUCCAUCUGACUCUUACUGGAUAGGUAAUGACGUGAUUCAUCAACUUACCAAGGGAAAUAAAUCCUCCCUUUACGUCUCCAUUACAUUAAGAAACGGUACCACGUUAUAUGAACUCUAUCAUCAGUUUUCUGUCUCUGAUGAAUCAGACAACUACAGACUCUUUCUUGGGGGACCAGCUACCGGGACAUUGGGAGACAGCAUGAGAAGCUACGAUCUGUCUGGGAUGUCCUUCAGUACCCCGGACAGGGAUAACAACGGGUCUAGAGGAUAUAACUGUGCUGCUUACAGUACCCGUAGAGGAGGCUGGUGGUUCAAUGACUGCCACCGAGCCUUCCUUAACGGUCCUUGGUCCCCGGGGUCCUGGUCCGCUCCAUGGUAUCCCACAGUGACUGAUAGUAAACAGAUAAAGGAGACUUUUAUGAUGAUCAAACCUACCUGAAACGCAUGUGUUUAUGCCGUUUUACAUUUCGUUAAAAUUGUUUAUUUAAAUCAGUUUUUUUAUAAUUACGACAUUAAGUCUACUUAGAUAUUUCCUGUCAUGAUUGUCUUUUAUAAUGUACAUACGAUGUUAAAUAUACUGACUCAUGAUUUAAUCAUUCUAAUCAUAAGGGGUUUAUCAGUGUAAUAUUAUUUAAUGUUAUAUUACAAAGUAAAGAUUUUGAUUUUAAGUAAUUACGUUAUGGAUUUCGCGAUAUAGUCCUAUAAAGUCAUUGAUAUAAUCUUAUUAUUUAAAAAAAAUCAUUACUCAGUUUUUCUCUACUAUUUUUUCGCUGAUGUAUUGAAUUGUUUAUUGUAUUAUCUACUAUCAUUAACAAUUACAACAAUUAAAUGACUAACAUUAACACUGCUUUUAUCUGAUUCAUGUUGUGAAUUGUUUACAAUCUGGCAUAUUGUUUUACCUUCUUAAAUGUCUAUAUUCAGAUAUUUUAACAUCCCAUUAUUGAACAUACAAGAAAUAUUCAACACUAACCCUCCAAAAAACAAAUACAGAGAAAACUCUAAUUAGACAACUAUGCAAUCAUUGUGAAUUAAAAUCUUUAUUUUCA